GCUGCGAUGCGCAUGUAUGCAGUCCACUGCCUUAACGCAUCACAGCGAACCGCACUUGACAGCUUGCCAGGUUAGAGGGGGGGAAAACACACUCUCUCUCUCACACACACACACACACAUACACACACACACCAUUCAAGGGAGGAAACCAGACCUGCUGAAUUUCCACCAGCCAGCCGUCAUCCGCAUCCAACCCGAGGAGGUAGAGGGUUUCCUGCAGCCUCUCUCUCUCAUCGACAUCUCAUGCAUCAUUUUUGGGGAUUAAUUAUGUUUCUCUCCUAACGCACAGAUGACAGCGUAACCGGGGCGGUAAGCUGCUCAGAUACCCAAAACACAGCCGCUUUGUUGCAUCGGAUCUGUUGUGACUGGACAUGAAUUCGGCGGAACAGACGGUUACAUGGUUGAUUACGCUCGGGGUGCUGGAGUCGCCGAAGAAGACCAUCUCGGAUCCUGAAGCGUUUCUGCAGAGCUCCCUGAAGGAUGGGGUGGUGUUGUGUAGGCUGCUGGAGCGGCUCAGCCCGGGGUCCACGGAGAAAAUCUACCAAGAGCCGAAGAACGACGGCGAGUGUCUGAGCAACAUAAAGGAGUUUCUCAAGGGCUGCACAUCGUUCCGCGUCGAGCCGUUUGAGGCGAGUGACCUGCUGCUGGGGCUGAACUUCUCAAAGGUGCUGAGCAGUCUGGUGUCUCUGAAUAAAGUGACGGCAGAUAUCGGCGUGGGCAGUGACUCAGUGUGUGCCCGACACUCUUCAGCCCAUCGCAUCAAGUCAUUUGAGUCGCUGUCCUCUCAGGCUUCACUGGGCCGAUCCUCCAAGCUGCUGCAGAACCAGUUUCGCAGUCUGGACAUGUCAGAAAACAGUGGACAGCAGCUGCUGGUGAGGGCGCGUUUCAACUUCCAGCAGAACAAUGAGGAUGAGCUCACCUUUGAUAAGGGUGACAUCAUCAGUGUGACUCGUCAGGAGGAGGGCGGCUGGUGGGAGGGGAUGCUCAAUGGCAGGACUGGGUGGUUUCCUAGCAACUAUGUUCGCGAGGUCAAAGGCUCUGACAAACAAGUGUCCCCCAAGUCUGGCACUCUGAAGAGCCCACCGAAAGGCUUUGACACUUCUGCCAUCAGCAAGACGUACUAUAACCUGGUGUUGCAGAACAUUUUAGAAACAGAGACAGAAUAUUCCAAGGACCUUCAGAGCCUCCUGACGAACUAUCUGCGACCUCUUCAGAGCAUUGACAAACUGAGCAGCUCAGAUGUGGCUCUUAUUCUGGGGAACCUUGAAGAGAUCAGCACCUUCCAGCAGAUGCUCGUCCAAUCACUGGAGGAAUGCACCAAGCUUCCAGAGAGCCAGCAAAGGGUGGGAGGCUUCUUCCUCAACCUCAUGCCACAGAUGAAGGCUCUAUAUGUUGGUUACUGCUCCAACCACCCCUCUGCAGUCAAUCUGCUCACCCAGCACAGUGAUGUAUUGGGGGAGUUUAUGGAGGGGAGGGGUGCAGUCAGUCCUGGGAUCCUCACCCUGACCACAGGCCUCAGUAAACCCUUUAUGAGACUUGACAAAUACCCCACCUUACUCAAAGAGCUGGAGAGGCACAUGGAGGAGAGUCAUCCUGACCGGCCAGACAUUCAGAAGUGCAUGGCGUCUUUCAAGAAUCUGUCUGCUCAGUGCCAGGAGGUGCGGAAGCGCAAGGAGCUGGAGCUGCAGAUUCUCACCGAGUCCAUCCGGCUGUGGGAGGGAGAUGACAUCAAGACCCUGGGUGCUGUGCUCUACAUGAGCCAGGUGUUGGUGCAGAGUCCUGGCUCAGAGGACAAGAGCGAGCGUUACCUCAUGCUCUUCCCUCACGUCCUCCUCAUGUUGUCUGCCAGCCCCAGGAUGAGUGGCUUCAUAUUCCAGGGAAAACUGCCCCUGGCCAGCAUGACAGUGAACAAACUAGAAGACUGUGAAGCCCAUAAAAACGCCUUUGAGAUCAAUGGCACAAUGUUUGACCGUCUCCAGGUGGUGUGCACCAACCAGCAGGACCUGCAGGACUGGGUGGAGCACCUGACCAGACAGAUCAAACACACUGCAGCCACAGGACCCAGCCACAAACCACUCACUGUUCCCUGCCACACGCUCCCAUCUCACCCUCUCACCCCGUCCCGGCACGCUGAGGGGAGGGGCAUGACAGUGGCUCCCACCUACCACACCCUUCCUCACCCCUCCUCCCAUGGAACGUCUCACAGCACCAUGAUGUGGGGCCCGCUGGAACCACCAAACACCCCGAAACCCUGGAGCCUGAGCUGCCUGCGGCCCGCACCCCCUUUACGACCCUCUGCAGCCCUCUGCUACAAGGAGGAUCUUAGUAAAAGUCCUAAGAGUGUGAAGAAACUCCUUCCCAAGCGCAAGCCUGAGAGGAAGCAGUCUGAGGAGGAAUUUGCCUUGAGGAAGAGUACAGCUGCUCUGGAAGAAGACGCCCAGAUCCUGAAAGUUAUUGAGGCUUACUGCACCAGCGCCAAAACCAGGCAGACUCUUAACUCCACCUGGCAGGGCACCGACCUGAUGCACAACCACGUGCUGGCCGAUGUGGACCGGUCCUGUACGGACUCGCCGGGCCGCCGUAGCAGCGUGUCCCGGCCAGAGUUGUCCUCUGACCUUUCGGAGGACUCUGACUAUGACUCCAUCUGGACCACCCACAGUUACAGGAUGGGCUCUGUGCCGCGUAAGAGCUGCAUCUCUCACCAGAACUAAAGAACGUACAGUACUGCCAAGCUGUGCUGUGAUGUAACGUACAGCGCGCUUACCUCUUUUACCUUCAAUGUAUUAAAGAAACUAGAUUUUUUUUAUUUAUCUAUUUAUUUUCUAUUAUAUAUUUGUUGAUUUUUUUUGUUAACUUAUUUGGUUUAUUUAUUUUUAGAUCGUUCGUUCGAAGAUGUUUGAAGCAUCUCCCUGUUGCCUUUGCCACUUUCCCUUUUAUGUGCCUCCUCUCUUUGUGUAGUUGUCAUGCAGUAAGUGUUUGGUAAUUCUCGUUAAUUUAUCUUGAAUGUGACCACUCCCCUUCUUUGACCAUAAACGUGGCGGACUCUCAGCAGGGAGUAGAGGGGUUGUCGGAGUGGAGUAUAGGGGGAGGGAUAACCAGGGGAGGGAGAGAUGGGGACUGAGCUUUUCCUGUCUGAUAUUCAGAUGUAAUUCAGGAACGAGUGUAUUCUAUUUACCAUGUACUACUUCUCUCCAGUAUGUGUUUCUAGAGUAUGUAUGCUCAAACAUAGCACAGAUGCCAUACACGCACGCACAGGUUCAGGCACACACGCCCCUGCUGCCUGAUAAUAUAGCAGCAUGCAAAUGAAAUAUCCAAAUUCUUUAUAACAUUGGUGUUUUUAUUAUUUUGAAUCUUUACUCAUGUUGCUGAGCAGGAUUAGAUUUAAAGUACCACAUGACCAAAAGCUACUAACGUACAAAAAAUCUUUGCUAACUGUAAUAGUUUGUGAAACACAGUUCAUAAUUUAAAGGUAUACCAUGUAGGAAUUGUUGGUUUCAGUUUGGAAAAUCUAUCGCAACCAAAAUUAAAAGUUUGCCUGAGUCUGCCCUUGCCUCUUCCACUUAGCCCUUACCCCUCUGUUUUGCGCAUUCACAUCUAGAUUUUGGGUGUCCCGAUUCUUGUCGAGAUAGAGUAGAAGGGUGAAGUGUUAGCACUAUAUGGUCCUUCAAACGGAGACACACUUUGGCUGUGACUCAGUGGUUCGAUUCCUGGCUCCUCCAGUCCGCAUGUCGAAGUAUCCUUGGGCAAGAUACCGUAUGCCAAAUUGCUCCCAGUGGCUGUCCUAUUGGUGUGUUAGCACAUGCUAAUGGUUACUGAGUAGCAAAUGGCACUAUAUUGGUAGCUCCGGCCACCACUGUGUGGAUAUGUGUGUGUCAAUGGGUGAAUGUGACGUGUAGUGUAAAAGCACUUUGAGUGGUCGUAAGACUAGAAAGGCGCUAUACAAUUGCAGUCCAUUUACCAAUUAGCAUUCAAAGCGAGUGUUAUGAGGAAUCAUAGGCAAGAUGGCUGCACGACCAAAUGUAGUUUCUUUGUUAAUUAAGAUUUAAAAAUAAUAAUCAUUGUGUUAUCUCAGUUUAAUGUCAUAUAUUUUUUAUAACAAGCAUAACAAAAAAAAAUUGGUAAUAUGCAAAUUUUGCAGUAGCUAACUGGCUAGCUAGCUAACGUUGCGUUGGCUGAUUUGUACAUGACAGUCCCUUAUUUUCAUGUCACAUUCCCACCCUCUGAUGGCAUUUAAAGUCUUCUGCUUUCUUGUUAUUGCUCCUCUAAUAUCAGUACAGACUGGACAGGUAGGAGCAUUGGUUGCCUACGUUAGCUUACAGAGCCACGCUAGUUCCCUGGUUGUGAAGUUGUGAUAUUUAUUAUUUGAUCGAUUGAAGCUUAAAUUAUGAACAAAUCACGAGGGUCCUGACAACUGCAGCCGCUAACAAACACCACUCUUGUUAAGUCUGUGCCAAGGGAAAAGGUGACACUUGAAAACGAGGGGUAGGGGUAAAAAUAAUAAGUGGAUUUGGGCCUUGGAGUUUGGCCUUGCUGUAUUUGCAUUUUUUGGGGCUGUGUCCGCAUCUUGGAUGCAUGCCACUUACAGUGUGGCACUUGGUUGCUACCUUUUUAUGAAGUCCCGACCUCAAUUGUGCGCUGUGCCCAAGAAUGUCCCAAACACAGCAAAAUAAGAGGAGGGAUUGUGAUAGAGAUUUUUUUUUUUUUGGAAAAUCCUGCAUGGUAUACCUUUUAAUGUAGCUGCUACAGAAAGAGGAGAUUAUCACAUACACUUCAAUCUCUAGUCAAGCAUUCCCCAGCUGGAUCUCAGAGCUAGUGGACUAAGAGGCGUGAUUUUAAAGGGUCAGUUCAGCAAAAGUGCAAAAACACAGCCAAUUUUCACACUUUACUUGUAGUUAUAUCUAGCGUUGCGGGUCGUUUCAUUUGCCCAUUUUAUCUGAGAUUUCUUCCUAAACUGCAGUGGAUGACAAUGAAUGAAAUGAAAUACAGCUUGUGGUGCUUGCAGCUUUGAAGAAACAAUUACAUUUACACAUCAAUGUGUCUUUCCAGGAUUCACUGUCGCUAUUACUCUGGAUACUCCAAAGAUCUCACUGUCAAAAGUUCCAACUCAAACUACUUUCUUCUGAAGAAAUUGUCACUACAAAAACUGUUGACAGCUUUACAGACACAUCCUUGUAGAAUAAAGUUUUUUUUUAAACCCUGUGAGCACCACAAACUAAAUUGCUUGUAAUGCUGUGAAUGCAGAUAUUUAUAGUCAGUGACCUGGACAGAUUUCUGCAUCAUUAGAUACUGUUUCUUCAGUUGAGUGAGGAAAUAUUAAUUUGAAUUUACGGUGGACUGACCCUUUUAAGUCAUUGAUUUUAAUAACUGACUGUUUUGUGUAGUUUCCUAAGCAUCAUCCUUUAAAGCCUGAUCUUCCAUCCAGUAACGUUGCUGUCUGUCAGUGGUUCUACAGGGUUGCAUUUAUAUUAAGUUUUAAACCACAAGUUAGUGCAUUAACAGAAUAAAAACAUUUAUUUAAACCAGGCGUAGCAUACCAGCCUGACACCAAUAGAAUAUUGACCACAGCCUAACACAGCUACAGUCCUGUAUAACAAAUCAAAUGCCUUUGUUUAAUGUCUGCUAGUUAAAGGAAUACUUGGACAUUUUUGGAAACAUGCUCGUUCACUUUCUUUCUAAAAGUUAGGUUGGGAGAUUGAUACCACUCUCAAAUACGUCAGUUCAAAAUGAAGCUGGGGCCAGGAGUAGUUUAGCUUAGCUUAGCUUAGCUUAGCAUACAGAGUGGAAGCAGGGGAAACAGUUAGCCUGGCUCUGUCCAGCAUAAACAAAAUUAUAUUGUAGUUCAUUCCCAUACGUGCUGCUGAGAUAAAUUGUUGUCCUUGGCUCUUCCGCCAUCAGCACAGGGUCUCUCCCCCUCUCUCCUCUUGUGCCAUGCAUUAAGUGUGGGACAGGCAGGAGGAGAGGAGAUGCUGCUCGCCAUAGGAGUUCUGUUAUAGUGAGUUCAAAUGGUUGCAUUGACGCUCUCGCUGUCUGGAUUGGAAGCCUGAGAAAAUGGUGCGCUGUAGUAUAAGCACCAUAGCUCUAAUGCCAUGAAUGUUUUGUUAAGGAUUUUUGUAUAAUCUAAGUCAGCAAAGUUUAAUGCUUCCUAUAAUGCACGAAGAUGGCACCAUAUGCAAAUGAGCUUAUGACAUCACUGGUGGCUUCUUUUUUUAAGAUUAUUUCGUGGGCUUUUUGCCUUUAAUAACAGAACAGUUUCAAGCAAGGGAUGACAUGCAGCAAAGGGCUGUGGGCUGGAAUCAAACCUGUGGCUGCUGCGGCAAGCUCAUUACCUUUGUACAUGGGGUGCCACUCUACCUACUGGGCACCCUGUCACUUAUAGCCACUUUGGAGCCAGUGCUAGCUACUUUCUUUAGAAAAGAGACGGCAAUACUGUGUCCCUUCAAGAUCAAGCCUGAGCCAGGAGGAAGGUUUGCUUAUCUUUGCAUAUGCGCCGCAAACAGGAGGAAACAGCUAGCCUAACUGUAUCUAAAGCUAACAAAUUUAAGCUGCCAGCACCUCUAAAGCUCUCUAAAUGAAUCAUUCAAACAAACAAGACGCAAAAUGUUAAUUAGUGAGCACCUCUAAUAGGAGGUGCCCAAGAGGCAUCCUGAUCAGAUGCCCAAACCACCUCAACUGACCCCUUUCUAUGCGAAAGAGCAGUGGCUCUACUCCUAGCUCCCUCCGGAUGUCUGAGCUCCUUACCUUAUCUCUAAGGCUGAGCCCAGUCACCCUUCGAAUGAAAGUCAUUUCAGCCGCUUGUAUCUGCAACCUCAUUCUUUCGGUCACUACCCAGAGCUCAUGACCACAGGUGAGGGUUUGGACGUAGAUGGACCAGUAAUUCGAAAGCUUUGCCCUCUGGCUCAGCUCCCUCUUCACCACAAUGGUCCGGCACAGCGCCGUGCUAAACUGCCUAUCCAUCUCAUGCUCCAUUCUGCCCUCACUCAUUAACAAGACCCCGAGAUACUUGAGCUCCUUCGCUUGAGGCAGUAACUCUCCCAUCCCAGACGGAGCAAUCCACCAGUUUUGGCAGAAAACCAUGGCCUCAGAUCUGGAGGUACUGACUCUCAUCCCAACUGCUUCAAACUCGGCUGCAAACUGCCCCAGUGCGUGCUGGAGGUCAUGGUGAUAUCAAGCCAACAGAACCAUAUCAUCUGCAUAUAGCAGAGAUGCAAUUCUAAGGUCACCAAACUGGACCCCAUCCUCCCCCCAGCUGUGCCUCGAGAUCCUGUCCAUGAAUAUCACAAACCGAAUCGGAAGAAAGCAAAUAGCAUAGCAUAAUCUUAUGUGUCAAUCUUUUAGUUACGUUCCAAGAAAAAAGAAAACAACUCAUCACGUUGAACUAAAUAGACUGUUUUGUCUGCUUCCUUCCAGUUUUCUCACUUAGCUAAGUUAAGCUAAGCUAACCAGCUACUAGCUCUAACUUCAUAUUAAUUGUGCAGACAUGAGAGUGGUAUCAAUCUUCCCGUCAAACCAUGGACAAGAAUUUGAAUAAGCCCAUUUCCUAAAAUGUUGAACUAUUCCUUUACAUGUGUAGCUGUUACCAGACUCUGACAAUUUGACCAGGUUAGUAUAAAGUCAAAAACAAACAUCCCUUGUGUCACAACACAACUAACUAGCACCUAUGCUACGGCCUCAUAAGCCAGACCCGCCUUUGUGUUGUCUGGCUUGUGAGGUUCCCCACGCUAUCUCUUUAUUAAUGACUAUUUUUAUGAAGAAGUAUUUUUCCAGUAUUGGUAUUAAAAGUACAGGUCGGCAUCCACUUACAGUAGAGUCUAUCUCCUCUUACAGCAAGCAAUGUGGGGGACAUAUGGAAUAUAUCGGUCCAUGUUACAGUACUAUUUACUGUCUCUGAAAUGAUUCCUUUAUUGUAUUCAUUAUUUUAUAUACAGGUUUUUUUUAUUUAUAUUUUAUUCUGUAUGUCGAUGUUUACAAAAUGAUCCCUGGAAAAAUCUUUUUUUUUAACAGUUUAAUUGCUCUGUAUCAAAGUUUACACUUAAAAUGAUUACAACAUGAAGUGUUUGAAUUAUUUUGCACAAUCAUGUAACGGGCCAGUUUGGGUGGGGGAUAGAAACUGUUAAAUUCUGUACUUUUUGUCGUCUACCUAGAGUGUGUAUGAUAUAGUCCUUAAGGUAGACUUGAGUAUUCAGUGUUACUGUAAAGUAAAUGCUCAUUCGUAGUGUAAAUGCUCACCUUUGGUGUUUUGAAAAGCAUUGAGGGUUUAAAAAAAGAAACAAAAAAAUAAAGAAACAAGAGGCCGUGAUUAUACAGGAACAUUUCUAUGUGAACUACUCAUUCAACCUCAGAAUACUGUCAGAGUGGACUUGAAAUAUAAGAGCACAUAGUCUCCCUUUCUGUAAAUACUAGUCGUCAUGGAGCAAGAAAAAAAUCCAUUCUAACUUCUAUGAGUAUUUGAGCUAAGAAUAUCACUGUCCUUAUAUCAUGUGCUAUACUUUGUGACAGGUGUAUUCUGUGAUUUAACAAGUCAAACUGUGGGACAGGCAGGGUGAAAAGAGACCAGCUGUCUUGACCAACAUUGUCCUCUGUGUGCUCUAACGCUGUACUCGGCUCACAAACGUGAUCAUGUCUUAUCUGCAAACAGCGCCUUCAGUGUAUUUGUUCUACUCUGCUGAAGUGUUCAAGUCCCAAAAAGCUGUAUUAUGAGUUUUGAAUAAAUCUGUCAUUUGGUAGACACUGGCAUUCUGGUGGUUUGUGAGAACAGCAAAUAUGGUUUGAUGUUUGAUGUGUCUUUUGUGGAUGAUGAUGUUUUGAGUUCUUGUUAUUUGUGAUGUGAAUGAAUGAAUAUUUUUUGCCAUGUAUCUCCAUAGCCUCUCAUUUCCUCUCACUUUUCUCCAGCUCUUGUCUAAAAUCAGGUCUGUGCAUGACUAACACACUACUACUCUGGUC